CGUAUCAGUCGACAAUUCAAUGUUCCAUUGAAUCGCUCACUUCACAUGUAUGCUGUACAACUAUAACCAAACGGGUUAUAUCUUAUUAUUAGAUCUCGAAUUAUCUGACAAUUCAUUGUUUUUUAUUUGUCUCGCAUCGUACCACCGUAUAUAUAUUUCUCUAGGGGGGCCAGCCUCGUUAUCUCAUUUUCAUUAUCUUCUUUGCUGGUUGCAGCCCAACGUGUGAAUCAUCUUGAGCCGAUAUUGCGAUCUAUCGUGGGAACAUUACCUGAAUAUUGCAUGAGUCGCAUGCGAUCUCGUCUCUCUUAGAGGGAGGGACUAAUAAACUCGGAUCAUCACUUACAACGAUACCUUCGACCUUCGGGUGUUAUUUACAAUACACAUUAAAUUCGUGGGUUCCCAUUACCGUGCUCAUUAUUUUGACCGCAAGAACUUUUCAGUGCCUACGCUUUCGUCGGAGACGGGCGAAACGCCCCCGGCCUCAUUAUCAUCUUAGUGGGGAGUGCAUGGUUUCUGUAUCUACGAAAUCGAAUGGCUAAGACCCGGGCCAACGGGGCCGAGUCGAAAGAUGCGAACGCCACAGACCCCCCGCUGCUCCGGAAUCACUCCAAGGUAGUCUCAUAUACUGCACACCGGAGUGGUAUAACUUACCCCGGCAUUCGUGUCUUCUAUCGACGCCAUCCUAAAGCGGAUGAGCUUCCCCGGCAUCCAGCUUCGUUACCUCUCUUGGUAUUUAUUCACGGCCUUGGAGGUUCCAUCGCCCAAUUUCACCCCCUUCUCACCAGUCUCGUCAACUCCGCAUCUUGCCUGGCUGUUGAUCUGCCCGGAUGCGGUCUAUCCCAGUUUGCCCCAACAUCGUGGAAUGCGUAUACAACAGAUGCGCUGACCGACUUACUCGAGACCGUCAUCGAUGGCUAUCGGGAGAAGGACCAAGGGCUUGUCCUAAUCGCCCAUAGCAUGGGGACUGCGAUUGCGGCAAGAAUUGCUAACAAGCAGUCUGCGUUCUACUUACGGCCUCCUUCCCAUGUGAUGGGAUUAAUCGCAGUAUGCCCCGUGUCCGGGCCACCACCGCGGCGGGCAGUGCGUAACAUUCGCAUGCUACUUUCGCUUCCAGAUUUCAUCUUCAAUCUCUGGCGGGCUUGGGAUAGAUGGGGCGGCCCCGAGAGCGCCAGCGUUAAGCGUUUUGUCGGCCCCGGGGCAGACCUCGAGGCCCGGCAGCUCCAAGACAAGUUUAAUAAUGGAAGUCGGACUCCGGUGUUCCGUCGAAUGGCGUGGGGCGCAUUGCCGACAUAUUCUAAAGACGGCAAAUUCGUCGGGGGUAUGUUUGGCGAACCCACUUGGGCCGGCCUCAAUAUUCCGGUCUAUCUUAUUGGUGGCGAGUAUGAUACCGUCACGCCGCCUACAGAAAUAGAAAAGAUUCGCAGUCUUCUCGAAUCGGCAACCUCGGAAGGUAGUUCCCCUGAGGAUAUGUCUAACACUAGCGAAGUGGGUGCAAUUGUGGACGCCGCAGCCCCAGUGAACACUACAUCGGCACCACAAGCACACAUGCCGGAAUCGAUCGAGGCGAUUACCGACGAUGAUUUUAAACGGAAGCAGCAGCAAACGUCAAACGUAGAAGAGCAUUAUGAAGACCCUACCACGCCUAGGGACCAGGACUCCAUCGGCGGUAUUCCCCCACAACCCCAGCACCCGGCCAAGAUCAUUAAAGUCACAUUGUUGCCAGCUGGACACGCUAUGCUUUACAUGCCAACCACGGUUCGCACUUUAGCAGGGCUAAUAGGCGACUUUAUGAAUGAUCACAUCACCGGUCGAUUUUCGCUGGGGUGGCAGCUACAACAUCUCUCGCGCGACGGCAAGUGGGACGUUAAAAAUCUUGCCAAGUGGAAAAGCGUCCAACCCGUUUCUAAGCCCAUCGGAGGAGUCUUUCGCGCGAUGAAGACACUCCGCGAGGUCGACGAAGAGCAUUCCCCUAAAGUCUUCACGGCUAAAUGGGGCGACAUAAUUAAAGAUAUUAUUGAUAUAAGUCAUGCAGAUCCGGUGUACGACCCCAAAAGUUUUGGAGAAGGGAUCAAGUACCACAAGUUCCCGACGGUAUCUAAAAUCCCACCAACAGAUACGGAGGUGGCCAGUUUUAUCAAAUUGGUGGACCAGAUCCGGGUGGAGCAAGCGGAGCGUGCGGCAGAUGAGCAGUCUUUUAUCGGCGUCCAUUGUCACUACGGAUUCAACCGCACUGGUUACUUCGUCGUGUGCUAUCUCGUCGAACGUUGCGGAUACGGAGUCCAGCAGGCCAUCGAAGAGUUCGCGGUCAAACGACCAAAUGGUAUCAGACAUUCUCACUUCCUCGAUCGCUUGUACGUUCGCUACGCUCCCGCCAUACGGAAGUAAUCGUAGAUUUAUCUCAUCGCAUCUCUGGGUCUAGCAGGCACUCUUCUUCAUCGGAAUUGGUUUGGUAUUUGAGGGUAUUUUAAAUCUCGGGUUUAGAACUAGGAACUAGGUGUAUGAGCUGUAGGGAUGAGGGUUUAUUGCUAUGCUUUUUUCUAUCUUCUCCUUCUUUUCUAGAGCCCACUCUGUACGACUACCGGAGCGUUUGUAUCUCGACGUGUAGGCGUUUACCCAAUAGAGGACUAACUAUUUGGUUUACUCUACGUUAUUUCUGUGCUCGGGGGUUUUAUUGUGGAUUUACCUGUCAGGUUGUAUGUGUGAGACUAAGCUAGAAGGUAAAGAGACGGAUGAGCUUACAGCAGGUAGUGUAGGUUCCAAUUGCGACGAGUGUGAAUACCAGCAACGUAAAGUCCUUGGCCGUAGUUUGUUACAAUGCAGAUCACAUUAAUUUUAAUCGCACCCAGAGAUUUCCACAGCUUAGUGUUUUUAGUUUACAGAUGCGAGAUAGAAAAUACCUGUCACAUCAC